AUGAGCAAAGCCAGCAUCAUACAAGAUAUUGUUCCACCACAAUUGAAACAUCGAGACACCGUGCCGGAGUCGGAGCCAGAGACGCUUGUGCCAGACGAACCAGAUCCGGAACCGCUAGCACCAGCGGAGCCAGUGCCAGAAACAUCAGACCCAGAAGAACCCGAGUCGGAAGAAUCGGAGGGGGAGCUGGCUUCGGGAGAUGAGGCGCCAGUAGAACUCGCGCCAGUUGAGCCGGAGUCGGAGCCGGAUGCACCACCGGAAACAUCGCCAGAGCCGCUGCCAGAAACAUCACCGGAGGCACCACCGGAAGCACCGCCAGAAACACCGCCAGAAACACCGCCGGAGACGUCACCAGAUCCGCUGCCAGAAGCACCGCCGGAGGCACUGCCAGAUCCACCAAGAGCAGAAGCACCGGAAGCACCAGCACCGAGAGAGCCAGUUCCAGAGGCACCACCAGAAGUGCUACCAGAUGCACCAAGACCAGCACCUCCAGUAGCAGCAGCGCCUGCAGAGCCAGUUCCGGAAGCACCAAGACCGGCAGAACCAGAUCCACCGAGACCAGCAGAGCCAGAGCCACCAAUGCCAGCAGAGCCGGAACCGCUGAGACCAGCACCACCGGUGGCACCAGCGCCGAGAGAACCAGUACCGGAAGCACCACCAGAAGCACUGCCAGAUCCACCAAUACCAGCAGAGCCGGAGCCACCGAGGCCAGCAGAUCCAGAUCCACCAAUACCAGCGGAGCCAGAUCCACCAAGAGCAGAAGCGCCAGAAGCACCAGCGCCAGCGGCACCAGUUCCUGAAGCACCACCGGAGGCGCUACCAGAUGCACCAAGACCAGCACCGCCAGUGGCAGCGGCACCAAGAGAGCCAGUUCCUGAGGCACCAAGACCAGCGGAGCCAGAGCCGCCGAGACCGGCCGAGCCAGAACCACCAAGGCCAGCGGAGCCAGAGCCGCCGAGGCCGGCCGAGCCAGAGCCUCCAAUUCCAGCAGAGCCGGAGCCGCUGAGGCCAGCACCGCCGGUAGCACCAGCGCCGAGAGAGCCAGUGCCAGAAGCACCGCCAGAAGCGCUUCCAGAUCCGCCGAGACCGGCGGAACCAGAGCCACCGAGACCAGCAGAUCCUGUUCCACCAAUGCCGGCGGAGCCAGAGCCGCUGAGAUCAGCACUGCCAGAAGAGCUUGCGCCAGCGGAGCCAGUUCCAGAGGCACCGCCGGAGGCACUGCCAGAACCACUGAGGCCACCGCUGCCGGAGCCACCAAGUCCGAGACCAAGACCGGCACCGAGGCCGCCACUGGCAGAUCCGCUGCCAGAGCCAGAUCCAGAAGCAGCCGCUGCCGUGCAGCCAGCUGGAGAUAGAAGAGCCGAUACCACCGCUGCCAGAUCCACUGGCAGAGCCACCAAGACCGCUGCUGCCGCUCAGAGCACCGGGGAGCCACAGGCAGGGCUCACGGGUCUCGAGAGUUUUGUUGAAAGGGGCUGCAAGGGCAGUACCCGCGAGGAGAAGGAUCGCAGUGUUCUUCAUGUUGCCGGAACGAUGAAGGAGAAACGAGGGAUAGAGUACUGGUGA